AUGCCGGUCGCGACAAGCGUUCAGAGAGCCCUUGCCCAGAGGUACGCCGAAGCCUGGGUUCGCGAAGGAGAUGGUUAUUGGAUUCUUGACCUCAAUAUUCCAGAGAACAUUGAACGAUACUCGAGAUGUCCACCUGUGAUCCACGAUGGCAGCUUGGCCCACGAUGAGCUUCACAAACACAAUGUGAAGUCAAGCGGCGCGAUCUGGUACCACGAGACUCAUCCCUAUGUUACACCAAACAUUGCCAGGACCGAGGCGUAG